UGAGGAAGUGAGACAGUUCAAUAAGAGGAGUAGCCCUGGAGACAUCCCCACCGGACUCACGGUAAAAGAAUGCCAGCUGCCCUGCCUUAUUUUUUGCGACUCUACGGCAUCGAUCAACGCUACAAUGGGUACAAUCUGGAACGUGGAGAUUGCAAAACCUUGCAACUCGGCCUUUGAGGGAAGAGGAAGUGCUUGUCGAGAUUGUGGCCUCCGGAAUUUGUCAAACAGAUCUACACCUUGCGGCGCGGAAAAUGGCCCUGGGGUCCAUCACCCUCGCGUUAUGGGACAUGAAGAUGCUGGGCCAUCGAUUUCGAGGUCGAGUCCGACCAUUCCGUCUUCAAGGAGGCAUCCUCGACGGGGAACAUCUCGACAUCUAUGGUCAGUUCUUCGGUCAAUCAAGCUUCUCCAGCUGGUGUAUCGUGCGAGAAGACUCGGUAACCAACGUGUCCGGCAGAAUUGAGACAAAAGAGGAGCUGCAUUUACUGUCGCCGCUGGGCUGUGGAAUCCAGACCGGCAGCGGCGCAAUCAUCCAUGUAGCUAAAGUGGGGGUCAAUGAUUGCGUCGCCGUCAUUGGGCUGGGCGAAGUUGGUCUAAGUGCCGUCAUGGGAGCUAGGACUGUAGGCUGUGCUCAUAUCAUUGGUAUCGAUCGACACCAGUCUCGCCUGGAGCUUGCAAGGGAGCUCGGAGCAACGCAGGUCAUAUCAACUGAGAGCAUGUCCGACCUGCAGGCGGCGACGGAGCCCGUCUUCAAGGCGACAGAUCACUUGGGAGCAAACGUCACUCUGGAUACGACCGGGGUCCCGGCGUUAAUCGCGGAGACUGUGAAAAUGUCUACAGGUUGGGACCGCCCCUGACACGGCCACGGUGACCAUUCACACCCACGAGUUUAUGGUGGCGGGGAAAAAGAUUCACUGGAGUGAUGGAGGGCGACGUGCAGCCACAGGAGUACAGUACAUUCCCCGACUAAUCAAUUGGGUCAAAGACGGUCGCCGACCUUUGCAGAAAAGCAUGAAAUUCUACGAAACUGCUGACUUCGACAAGGCCAUCCGCAAUAUGCA